UAGCUUACUGUUACUGAUGUUGAACUACAAAACGUAAAAGAGGAACGUGAUCAAGCACGUGGUGAUCUUGAUGAUAAUACAGAUCGUGAUGAGUUACUAGCCAAAGCACAAACCGAGCGCGAUGCAGCAAACGAGCGACGCACAAAAGCUGAAGUGGAUUUAGCCAAGACGCGAGUUGAGCUCAUGCAAGCAAAUAGCCAAUUAUUAGAAUCGAUUCAGCAAAAAGUUGAGCUCUCACAACAGCUGGAACAGUGGCAGAUGGAUAUGCAGGAACUCAUCAACGAUCAGAUGCGUUCUAAAAUGAUCAACAACAAUAGAGCAAAUUCGACCUCAGUGACACAAGGCUCCAGCAGUGCUGCUGCUUCAUUGGCCAAACGCGUGUCAAGUUACAAAUUAUGGAGCUUAUUUCAGCGGUAAUUUAAGCAGACUGUGGAGAGUUUAUGUGACCUUAAUUUUAAUUAUGUAAAGCCUUUCUUAUAUUUUAUAUAUUUUAAUAUUU